ACUUCAAAGUUAUAGAAUCAUUUGCAAUUUGCUAAAACCUCAUACUCAUAGCCCUAAAAAUGGAUGAACCAUAUGGUAAAGCCGAUUUCUAUUUUGAUUCAUAUGCUUGCUGAGAUUCUGAUUGUGAAGAUUACUUCAGGGUCAAUGGGGAUUUUUCACAUAGAUCCUACCCCUUCUCAAGAUAACACUCCCAUGCGUCCUGAAAGGUUCAUAGAAAAUUCUGUACAUGACAAAGUUCGUGGUGUGGAUGAUGAACCUUCACCAAAUGAUAUGAAAAAACAACUAAUUGAGCUCUUUUGUGAGGGCUUCAACAGUACUGCCUCUAUGAAUGUUGAUCAAAAUUUAGGUCAGCCAGAAGACAAACUUGCAAACCUUGCCCAACCUGAAAGAUCUACCAUGAAAAGCUUAGCUGCAUCAAUACCAAACUCCACACCUAGUGGUGAAAUAACUCCAUAUAGAGGAUCCAUACCCAAAAAUGAGAAAUCAAACCAGUCUACACAAUGCUGCCUUCCAGGUUUGGUGUGAAGCCUGAGCUUUGGUGAGAGAAAGCGGUUGAACCCUCGCAAAACUAAUGGUUUGUAAGCCAAAUGUUUAUGUUGUAUGAAUCCUUUUAGAAUUUCACACUUCAGAAUUACCAUUUUGGUAAGAAAGCCAAAAUCUCAAU